UCAUCGAACGACUUCUAUUGUCAGGCCUCGUGCUGGGCACAGGGGACCACAGCCUGCGCUCAAGUUGCUUCCCCUGUACUAGAGGAGGAAGACAGGAUAGGCCGUGCCAGGGCAGCGUGCCCGGUGUCACACGAUCACUGCACCAGUUUCUUCCUGACCAACGACCGGAGCUGUCCCCAGAUGAAUGAAUUUUCCUGGAAGGACGUUACCAAUGCCUUGUCCCUGGCCAACCUGAUCCUGGGGCUCUUCUCCAUCUUCUGCAGCUUCUGCAAGAGAUGCCACAGUGCCUCCUGGAUGCUUCUGAUCAGCUUCCUGUUAGACAUGGCAGUUGGGGCGAUAACCAGACACCUCAGCCUCUGCUCCAAGUCAGGAGUGGAGCUGAAUGACUUUGCGAUCUUCACCACCUUCGGCCUGGCCUCAGCCCUGCUCCUCGGCGUGGACGGGCCUCUGAAUGGGUUCCUGGCUGUCAUCUAUGUGUUAGCUGCUACUUUCCGCCUGUGUUUCUAUUCAACUGAUGCUCAGCUCACGUACAGGGGUCUACCCUGCCGCUAUGCUUCCUGUGUCUUAGCCUCCACCUCCCUUCUGACCAAAGGCAACACGUUCAUUCUCUCUUGCAUGGCCUCACUUAUGGUUCUAUUCAUGAUGGACCAGAGCUACUACCCACACGAUGAAAUCCUGGAGUCUGAGAACUGGAAAAAAUUGGUUUAUAUGGGAGGUGCCAUCAUGCUGCUCUCGUCUCCGUUCUCUCUGACUGCGUUUUACUGCCUGUUGUGGUCACUGUCCUACAUCUUCUUUCCAGAUGCUCUGUGGGGCAAAGCAGUGCGCCUCAGGCUACAGGGCCAAGGAAACUAAACAGCUUCACCCACGGCCACUGGCCUCUGUGGGGUCCGUGCCGGCCCGUCAGGCCAAGCCUUGCCUUAUCCUCACUAAA